CUGACAUCAGCAUUCAUGAGGUAGACAGCCUAUCAGAAUGUCGAGCAGUAGGCACAGCUUUCUUCCCCCAGCCAGCUUCUCAUUCUCAGAAUUGUCUGCACAAUGUCAGAAGAAGAAGAAGAACAGAAUCCCAACGAGGACGACAACAGCAGAGAAUGGGAAGUGGUAGAUGAAGGUGAUAGCAGUACCACCAAUACUGAUCCUACUGCGAAAGGGAAUGAAAGCAAGAAAAGUGUCCCAGGAAUUAUCUACCUGGGCUACAUCCCUCCUUUAAUGAGGCCUUCUCAUGUCCGCCAUCUGCUGAGUGCUCAUGGAGAAGUUGGCAGGAUAUUUUUGCAACCUCGUGAUAAACCUAUUCCUAAGAAGAAGAAGAAGAAACAAUCUGGUGGUAAUGCCAGAAACUUCACUGAAGGCUGGGUAGAAUUUCGUGACAAACGUAUUGCUAAGUUAGUGGCAGCCAGUCUUAAUGGUACUCCUAUUGGCACACGAAAGCGGAGCCGUUUCCAUGAUGACCUGUGGACAAUGAAGUACUUGCAUCGUUUCAAGUGGAUUCACCUUAGUGAACAGUUGGCUUAUGAAAAGACUGUCCGCCAGCAACGAAUGAGGGUUGAGAUCUCACAGGCCAAGCGAGAAACAAACUUUUACCUUCAGAAUUUGGAGAAGAGUGCCAGCAUUGCAAAGGUGCAGGAGAUUAAGAAGAGAAAGGGGCAACCCUGGGAAGAGAAAACAUGGAAUUUUAAGCAACGCCAGACUGAAGAGGAGAUCCAACUCCAAAAAAACAGGAAACCAGAUAAGGGAGAAGUUAAGCGUCUCAAGAAGGCUAAGCUGAAGGCAGAGGAAAUUCAACGGAAGUCUCAGUCGAACAUCUCACUGCUAUCCAAAAUUUUCAAUGCUGGAUCUGCAGAAGCUUAAUCUGGCUGUAGUUUUUUGCACACUGUUUUCAACCGAUUUUGGUUAAGUUUUCCAAGAACAUUUCUUAUCUGUUACAUUAUAUAUUACAAAUGGUAUAAUGUGUUCCGGCACAGCUUUCGCCACUGUUUGUUUCAGCUGACUUAAAAGCUGUGUCUUAAUUCCCAAAUGAAAAUAGGAACUACAGUCAGUGCCUGUGGUUCUGGUGAUACUUUCUCAGGGUAUAUAUGCUAGGUGCCUAUUUUGCUGAAGUAAAUGCACAAUUACAUAGGAAUAACAUUUUCCCCAAUAAAUUCUUUGCCAGUUCUUGUGCAGCCCAGUUUUGUUUACCUUGCAAGUGAAAAUUGUACGUGCAUUAUGGUGUCCUUUAUCUUAAAAAAGAAAAUUCCCAUAAAUGCUCUCUCAUUUUGGUAAAUUCACAUUGGGUGCAUUUUUUAUGUAUUAAUAUCAGUUUAUUCUCCUGACAGAUGUUUUUCAUAUUUUAUCUUCAUUUGUAAUUGUUGCUGUUUUAUUGGUAUUUUACUAGAAAUCCCUGAUUUAAAACAGAUUUAGGCGUGCCUGUGUCCAUUCUCAGUGUAUUCCUGCUACCUUUGUCAUCUGGAAAAUAUAUGUAUAUAUUUUUAAGUUAUA